AUGCAUUCCCACAAUUACCUUCCUAACGCUUUCUCUAACGUUUCCAAUUUGAAUCAGCAAGUUUUAAAAGUCAAUUAUGCAGUUCGUGGUCCUUUAACAGUUCUUGCCGAGAAAAUCCAAAAUGACUUGCUGGAAAAUCGUGAUGCUUAUCCCUUUCAAGAUAUAAUAUAUGCAAAUAUUGGUAAUCCACAUCAGUUUGGACAACUUCCCAUUACCUUUCUUCGUCAGGUUUUGUCGAUUUGCCAGUAUCCAGCUUUGUUAAAUCAUACCCAUGAACCUUGGUUCAAAAAUAUUUAUCCAAGUGACGUCGUUGAGAGAGCUGGUUUGUUGUUGAAAGAUACUGGCGGUGUUGGCGCUUACAGCGAUUCCCAAGGAAUCCCGAUCGUUCGCAAGCACGUAGCAGAAUAUAUUCAAGAGCGUGACAAUUAUGCUUGCCACCCAGACGACAUCUACUUGACGAGCGGUGCGACUCAAGGAGCCAAACUAAUCAUGACCUUACUCAUUUCAGGACCGUCUGAAGGAGCCAUGCUCCCCAGUCCCCAGUACCCUCUUUAUGGAGCCCUGAUGGAUCUUCUUCGUGGAAAAUGUGUGUCGUACUACCUGUCUGAAAAGGACGAUUGGAAUGUAGACAUUGAGCAGUUCAAGCAUGCAUACGAAGAGGAGUCCAAGAAGGGAACGAACAUUCGCCUAUGCGUAUUUAUUAAUCCUGGAAACCCUACAGGGACCUGCAUUUCAGAAGAAUGUAUCGAAGACGUGCUCCGAUUUGCAAAAAAAAAGGGCCUCGUCAUUAUCUCCGACGAAGUCUACCAAAACAACGUGUUUAGGAAGAAGUUUACUUCGUUUCGUAAAGUGUUAUGUGAUCUCGAAACACGAGAGCCAAACUCGGAUUGGGGCAGGGUUUCUCUCGUCUGCAUAAACUCUGUUAGUAAAGGGCAGUUCGGUGAGUGUGGGCAACGAGGGGGCUACAUCGAUAUCAUAAAUGUUCCUUCCUUUGUCAAAGAACAAAUUUUAAAACUAGCAACUAUCGAUAUAUGUGCGCCGGUGACGGGUCAACUCCUUGUCGAUUUGCUUGUACGACCUCCGAAAGUAGGUGAACCCAGUUAUGAGUUGUAUUCUCAGGAAAUCAAGAAGAUUCACAAGGACAUGGAGAAGCAAUGCGAAUUUCUCUAUGAAGCUACCAAGCGCAUGAAAUAUGUCACUUGCCAAGAGCCUCACGGUGCCAUGUAUCUGCAUCCUAAUAUUAUUUUACCAGAAAAAUUUGUUCGAGAAGCAAAUGAGAAUAACGUUCAGCCUGACGAGCUAUAUUGUUUAUAUAUUUUGCAACGUACUGGUAUAUGCUUAGUUCCAGGAACUGGACUUGGCCAAAAAGAAAACGAUUACCACGUUCGAAUAACCUUUUUGGCAAAGGGAUCUGAGUAUGUUGAGCGCUUAAUUGAAGCCCAUAAUGCAGUCAUGGACGAAUACGAAGAUUAA